AUGCUAAAAUUACAUCGUUGUCUUUUUUCUCUACGUUCUAUUCAUCAAUUUUAUCGAUCAAAAUCAACAAAUGCCUAUUCAUCGGAAUGGAUUUUGCCAUCAUUACAACAAGAUCUGGAAAAAUUUUCGUCAUUAAAUCCACUACCAAUUUCAAUCUGUUUAAUUGGUGAUCCUCAUUUACGUCGUAGUAAUGAAUUAGUUCUCAAUCUUAAAGAUGAUUUUGUUCAAGCUGCAAAACUUCGACUUCAUCUUGCUCUAGCUAAUUUUCGUCGUAAAAAUGGUUUUGGUCGUGGUAUUAGUGCCUGUCAAAUAGGUAUUAAUCUAAGUAUGAUUGCACUUAAUCUUGGUUAUGGACCAUUAACACUAAUUAAUCCAAAAAUAAUCUGGUCUUCAUCAGAUACAAUAACAAUGUGGGAUGAUUGCAUGAGUAUUCCACGUAUUCUUGUUAAAAAACAACGUGCAAAAUCAAUAUCAAUUGAAUAUACAGAUGAUAAUGGUAAUGAACAAAAAUGGAAUGAACUUGAUGUAUCAGUCAGUGAAUUAUUACAACAUGAAAUGGAUCAUCUUAAUGGUAUACUUAAUAUUGAUAAACCAUUUAAAGAUGAUAAUGCCAAUGGAAAAGAAAGUAUCAUUAGUAUGGAUCAAUAUGAAAAAGAUAAAAAUUAUUUUGAUCAACAAGUUGAUUAUACAAUCGUGCCAACUGUUUGA